UGAUUUCCAACUUGACUUGGAGAGCGGAGAGUAGACCUUUGGUUUGGAAACAGCGGCAGACUGACAGCUCCUCGCGGCUCUCUCCACGAGCAGAGGAUUUUAUUUUUUUUACUUUCUAUCUUUUAUUUUUUUAAUCACCAGCUCUCCACACGGAUAUAUUAUUUUAUUUUAUAUAUUUCUUUGUUGUUAUCCGGCGCAGCCUCAGAGCGGCUUGCCACGAUGAGCAUCACACGGCUGGAGACCUGAGCAGUCUUCGGGUCUGGAAGAGAAGAUGCCUCAUGGACCGCUCCAUCACCGCCGCCAGUGCGCAAAGUCAGGGCAUCCGAGCCUCCGAAUAACGCAGAAAUGCCGAGGUUUAGCGCCAGAUGGGUGUCGUUGCUGGUGCUGAUUCUCCUGAUCGGUGCUUUGUUCUACUGCGAAUAUCUCAUCUACUUUCCCACCAUCCUCAAGUGUGCCUGGCCGAAGAUCAGCCAUGCUCGAGGCGGUGGAGAGGGCAUCGACGGCCGGCCGCUGGACUCCACAUCAGUCCGCGCUAUGGUCCUGUCAGACACCCACCUCCUGGGAGCUGUGGGGGGACACUGGUUUGACAAGCUGAGGAGGGAAUGGCAGAUGGAGAGGGCUUUCCAGACCGCUUUGUGGCUCCUCAAGCCCGAAAUAGUGUUUAUUCUUGGGGAUAUUUUCGACGAAGGCAAGUGGAGCUCGCAAAAGCACUGGGACGACGACGUGCGGCGCUUUCACAGGAUGUUUAGACACUCCACUGACACAGAACUGGUUGUGCUGGUUGGGAACCACGACAUCGGCUUCCAUUAUGAGAUGGACUGGUUCAAGCUGCAGCGCUUCGAAAAGGUCUUCAACGCUUCCUCCACCAGGAUCGUCACCAAAAAUGGAGUCAACUUCGUGCUGGUGAACAGCGUGGCAUUGCACGGCGACGGGUGUCCCAUCUGCCAGUCGGUGGAGAAGGAGCUGAUCAAACUCUCCAGAGACCUCAACUGUUCUCUUCAGAACUCGGGCAGCUGUGAGGGAUCGCAUAUGUACCCGCCCACCCCCCCCAUCAUGUUACAGCACUACCCUCUGUACAGAGUGAGCGAUGCCAGCUGCACAGGGCAGGACGCAGCUCCACCUGAAGAGCGCCACCUGCUGUUCAGAGAGAAAUACGACGUGUUGUCUAAAGAGGCGUCACAGAGGCUGCUGCAGUGGUUCAAGCCUCGCCUCAUCUUCAGUGGACACACACACAGCGGAUGUGAGGUUCUCCAUGACAACAAGUACCCUGAAAUCAGCGUGCCGUCCUUCAGCUGGAGGAACAGGAACAACCCCAGCUUCAUCCUGGCAUCAGUGUCCCCCGGCAGCUACGCCAUGUCCAAGUGUUUCCUGCCGGAGGAGAGCACGGUGAUCGGGGUGUACUGCUCGGCCGGCGGCUGCCUGCUGCUGCUGGUCCUCGCUCACUGUCUGUGGAUGAAAGGCCUGCUGCAGUGCCUCAGCCUCUGCCUGCUGGGGAAGCACAAGUCUCUGUGAACUACAUUUCCCAGGUUGCACCAGGAAAGUGCACUGGACUUAAAUGUGAAGUUCCUUUGCAAAACUCUUGUUUGUCCAAAUGUUUUACGGCACUGUGAAGGACACUCAUACAUGUUUUUAAUGUCUUAAAAAGACUUAAAGUUUAUCACUUGUGAUAUUUAUGAGAAAGUAGAGGAUUUUGUGCCAAAUUGUUGUUAAAAAUCAUCACUACUGUUAGUUUUAUAUUCAUUGGGAGUGCCAAACGGGAGGAGCUUUUGCAAAAAGAAGUUUUUAAGCACAAAAGAGUAAAAAUAUUGACUUUGCAGUUAAACUGUGAGUAUAAAGAAGUACAAUUGUGCCACAAAGUAAGAACAAAAUGACUGGAAAGUACAUAUGUAAAUACUCACUGUCUGAAAUCAGGUGGUAAAGUCAGUUUCUGUCUCUUUAAUGUAAGCACACCGAGCAUCUCACCUCCUCCCCUCUCGUCUGAUGAAACCCCGUCCAGGUUCCUCGUUGUUUUUACUAUGAAGCAUAUCUGAAAAUAUUUAUUGCUGACUUUCUGUGCCAAAUGUUUGUGAGAGUUUUAUCCAAAUGUGUCGAAACUGUAAAUAAUGAAUGGACAUCUUAAGGUCCGUUUUUAGAGUUCUCAUCAAUCACCUGAAGCCAUGUCACUUUAUGGAAGAGAUUCAAGCACUAUGGGAUGUUCUACACUGUUUUGAAAUGUGGAAAUCUGGCACAAGAAAAUGGAUGUGAUUGAAACACAAACCUGUAUUUGUAACCCUAAUCAUGUGAAAAAGAUUAAAGUACAAAGCAUUGGGCAAAUGUCCCUGACAUUGA